CGACGCGCACCGUCGAACGCGAUCUUUGGCAGUUCUCUGUCAAGAUGCCUCUUAUAUACCAACUUCUCCUGGGUCUUGUUUUGACCCUGCUCAUUCCUCUCUGGCCAAGCAACACCUUGCCGUUUCUACACCUUCUGAGGUCCCUCACCACGACACCCAUGAUGGACGGCAUCUCUCUGGCCCAAAAGGCUCAGCUACACGAAGUUGCAGACCUCAUGCUGGAGAUAUACAAGACUCUCGCUGCAAUGCGCUACAUCGAUGCUCAGGCGAUCAAUCCCGGACCACACAACGUCUCCGAUCUUCUGUAUGGUCUAGACCCCGCAGUCAUCUACCUCUACAGCAUACUACCCUACAUCGAUAAAGAUUUCGCGACAAACACGGCUUUCUUCAACGGCGGCAUAUUUGCGGAUUUCCGGAAGUCUGAUGACGUGGAACAAGGCCGUGAUCCGUUCUAUGGGAGUCCCUCCGAAGAGAAUUUCGAGGAUGAAGAUGGGCCCUACAUGCGUCCUUGGGUGACACCGUUGUCUUUGCUGGGGAACCACGGAAGCGCCAUUGUCUACGAUACCCGACAACACCAUAUUUGGAUUAUUGACCAGGAGGGAUGGUCCUCCACCGACCCCGCGUUGGAGGGCGUAGAGGACGGAGAGCCAGACAGCAUCAACCGCAAUUACUUCGCCCAUAUUGCAAACCGUCCGGCCGGAGAUGUGCUUCGGGAUAUGGUGCGCUGGUAUCGUGAGUUAAAGGAACUACCGGGUGGUACUGAGUACAGCGACCUCUGUUGGGAUCAUUGGGAUAUGGAUCUCAAGUCUUUGUUCGAGAAGAAUGGGUGGCCGGACAAUUUCGAUGGCGACGCUUUUCUGGUCGAUCAGGCGAGGGAAUUCUGCGCGCUGAGAGCCAAGGGAGAUGCAGAGAACCCAUUGGGUGAGGUCAAGAAGUUUACGGACUGGAAGAAUGGGAAGGCGGAUCGUGCUAAAAAGGCCCAGGAGGCACUGGAUGCUGCUCAAAACUUGAACGAGACGUGGAAGGCUCGGUUCGAGCUCUGGAAUGCAGAGCGAUCUGUACUCAGAAACACCGAGGAACUGAAGAAGGCGCAGCAGGAAGCCGACAGAUUGUGUCCCAAUGGAGUAUGUCAGAGACCAGAGGACUUGCCGCUCUGGGAACUGGUCGCCGUUCAGCGGGAGUUAGGCUGGAAACAAAACGACCUGAGCUAUCAUCGCGAUUGGGCUGAAAAAUCCAAGGAGUCCGAUCCCGAGGAAGCGAAGACCUACCGGGCCGCAUUUUAUCUAGCGGAGAAAGAGGUAGCAACUUACGAGAAGGCCUACGAAGCUGCCAAAGCCGACGCAGACCGACUUUGUCCGGGCAGGUCACCAAAGUCUGUGGCCGGAAUCAAGGAUUUGGAUCAGGAUGAUACAAUGAGAGAUGUCCAAAGACGAACCGAGCUCGAUGUGAUCUUGACAAGGGAGCUUGAUGCUCUGCGAGAAUGGGCUGCUCAAAUUCCACCCGAGGCUAAUGAAGCUAAGGGAAUGGCCGACAAUCAGAUUGAGGGGCUUGACAAGUCAGUCGAGGAUAACCAGGCUGCAUUGAAGAAAGCCCAGGACUGGAUCGCUGAAGAGAAAGAGAAAGAGUAGUGGCUACCUGAGUCUUGCUUCUCCCACACGGGUGUACUAGUCAUUUGCGUCGCUUUUUUUUUGACCAUCUUUUUCCAUUUCUCUUUGAACGAUAUACAACAUGUAUAACCUGGCAUGCUUGGCUGCUAAUAUACAAAAGGUCUUCCACCUUCAAAGGUGAACCAUUUCUUUAUCUUCCAUGAUCCCUCUUCGCAAUGAGAGCUGUGAGAAAC